AUGGCCGGAAUCUCAAAGAAGGCUUCGAUUUUUCCAGUUGGUUUUAGGUUUGAUCCAAACGAUUUGGGGUUGGUGAGGCGUUAUCUUCGCAACAAGGUCGAUCAUAAGGUGGACGGGUUCUUAACAACGUUGGAUGUGUACGCCGACGUGCCGUGGCGUCUUGAGCCCGUAGACAACCCUCUGUUCAAGAAAAAGGAAUGGUACUACUUUGUUGAGAGGAUCAGAAGAGGUGGCAAGACACCGAAGCGGACCGUACCGGCAAGAGGAGACAGCGAAGGCGGCACUUGGAAAAGCACAGGUGCCAAAACGGCUAUCGUGGACGGGAACAAGAAGGUGUGGGGUUACAAGCAGAGUCUCGUGUUCAACAAGAAAGUCAAGGGAAAGCCAGUCAAAACUGAUUGGCUCAUGACCGAAUAUUCCCUAAACAAGGACGUUCACGACAAUACGGUCUUGUGUUGGAUCCGAGACAAGACCGAGAAGAAAGGCAAACCAGGGUACGUUGACCAGGUGCCUCAGGUGGCAAACAACAUCGUACCGUACCAAGUGCAAGAACAUGAAGUUGCUUUAACCGUUUCUGCUAGUGGGCCUGAGAUGAUGACGUUAGAGGGAGAGCAUAGUCAGGUCACUCAACAUCAUGGUGUCGAUUUAGGUUUCCAGGGCUUGGAAAAUUGGUUAAUGUUAGACAUGAAUGUAGACGAUUACUUUAACAUCGAUGGAGUCUUGAAUACGGAAGGUGGCACCACUCAAGAACACGGACAAGAAGAAGAAGCGCAAGAACAACCGCAGCAACUGACUCCUCUACCUUAA